CAAGGCCAUCGAAAGUUUCGCCCUCAUGGUGAAGCAGACGGCUCAGAUGCUGCAGUCCUUCGGGACCGAGCUGGCCGAAACAGAGCUGCCCAAUGACGUCCAGUCGACGAGCUCAGUGCUGUGUGCACACACAGAGAAGAAGGACAAGGCGAAGGAGGAUUUGAGGCUGGCACUGAAAGAGGGGCACAGCGUUCUGGAGAGCCUCGGGGAGCUGCAGGCUGAGGGCUCAGAGCCCGGCGUGAACCAGGACCAGCUCGACAACCAGGCCACGGUGCAGAGGCUCCUGGCCCAGCUGAACGAAACCGAGGCUGCCUUCGAUGAGUUCUGGGCAAAGCAUCAGCAGAAACUGGAGCAGUGCCUGCAGCUUCGGCACUUCGAGCAGGGCUUCCGGGAGGUCAAAGCCAUCUUGGACGCAGUGUGCCAGAAGGUAGCAACCUUCACGGACAUUGGCAACAGUCUGGCGCAUGUGGAGCACCUGCUGAGGGACCUGGCCAGCUGCGAGGAGAAGUCGGGCGUGGCUGUGGAGAGGGCCCGGGCCCUGUCUCUGGACGGCGAACAGCUCAUCGAGAACAAGCACUACGCCGUAGACUCCAUCCGCCCCAAGUGCCAGGAGCUGCGGCACCUCUGCGACCAGUUCUCUGCAGAGAUCGUGAGGCGGAGGGGGCUGCUCAGCAAGUCCCUGGAGCUGCACCGCCGCCUGGAGACGUCCCUGAAGUGGUGUGAUGAAGGGAUUUACCUGCUGGCCUCACAACCUGUGGACAAGUGCCAGUCCCAGGACGGCGCGGAGGCUGCCCUCCAGGAAAUCGAGAAGUUUUUGGAGACCAGUGCGGAAAAUAAGAUCCAGGAGCUCAACACGAUUUACAAAGAAUACGAAUCCAUCCUCAACCAAGACCUCAUGGAGCACGUGCGAAAGGUCUUCCAGAAGCAGGCGAGCAUGGAGGAGGUGUUCCACCGCAGGCAGGCCAGCCUGAAGAAGCUGGCGGCCAGGCAGACGCGGCCCGUGCAGCCGGUGGCCCCCAGACCCGAGGCACUGGCAAAGUCGCCCUGCCCCUCCCCAGGCAUUCGGCGAGGCUCGGAGAACUCCAGCUCCGAGGGCGGUGCGCUGCGGAGAGGGCCCUACCGGAGGGCCAAGAGUGAGAUGAGUGAGAGCCGGCAGGGCCGCGGUUCUGCAGGGGAGGAGGAGGAGAGCCUGGCCAUCCUGCGCAGGCACGUGAUGAGCGAGCUCCUAGACACAGAACGGGCCUACGUGGAGGAGCUGCUGUGCGUCCUGGAGGGCUAUGCCGCGGAGAUGGAUAACCCACUGAUGGCUCACCUCCUGUCAACAGGCCUUCACAACAAGAAGGAUAUUUUGUUUGGAAACAUGGAGGAAAUCUAUCACUUCCACAACAGGAUAUUCCUCAGGGAACUGGAAAACUACACCGACUGCCCAGAACUGGUUGGAAGAUGCUUUCUGGAGAGGAUGGAGGAUUUCCAGAUCUAUGAGAAGUACUGUCAGAACAAGCCCCGCUCCGAGAGCCUGUGGAGACAGUGCUCCGACUGCCCAUUCUUCCAGGAAUGCCAGAGGAAGCUGGACCACAAGCUGAGCCUGGACUCCUACCUGCUGAAGCCGGUGCAGAGGAUCACCAAGUACCAGCUGCUGCUCAAGGAAAUGCUGAAAUACAGCAAGAACUGCGAGGGGGCUGAGGACCUGCAGGAGGCGCUGAGCUCCAUCCUGGGCAUCCUGAAGGCCGUGAAUGACUCCAUGCACCUCAUUGCCAUCACCGGCUAUGACGGGAAUCUCGGCGACCUGGGCAAGCUGCUGAUGCAGGGCUCGUUCAGCGUCUGGACCGACCACAAGAGGGGCCACACCAAGGUGAAGGAGCUGGCCAGGUUCAAGCCCAUGCAGCGGCACCUGUUCCUGCACGAGAAGGCAGUGCUCUUCUGUAAGAGGCGGGAGGAGAACGGGGAGGGGUACGAGAAAGCCCCCUCCUACAGCUACAAGCAGUCCUUGAACAUGGCCGCCGUCGGCAUUACGGAGAACGUGAAGGGAGAUGCUAAGAAGUUCGAGAUCUGGUACAACGCGCGUGAGGAGGUCUACAUCGUCCAGGCACCAACUCCUGAGAUUAAGGCCGCAUGGGUGAAUGAAAUUCGGAAAGUGCUGACCAGCCAGCUGCAGGCUUGUCGAGAAGCCAGCCAGCACCGGGCGCUGGAGCAGUCGCAGAGCCUGCCCCUGCCGGCCCCGACCAGCACCAGUCCCUCACAAGGAAACUCAAGGAACCUCAAAAAGCUGGAAGAAAGGAAAACAGACCCCCUGAGGCUGGAGGGAUAUGUCAGCUCAGCACCACUGCCACAGCCCCCCGAAAAGGGCAAAGGUUGGAGCAAAACUGCACACUCACUGGAGGGACCUGAGGAUGACGGGGGCUGGUCAAGUGCAGAAGAGCAGAUUAACUCGUCCGAUGCCGAGGAGGACGGCGGGCUGGGCCUCAAGAAGCUGGUUCCGGGUAAAUACACGGUCGUGGCGGACCACGAGAAGGGAGGCCCUGACGCGCUGGUCGUGAGGAGCGGGGACGUGGUGGAGCUGGUGCAGCAGGGCGACGAGGGCCUUUGGUAUGUCAGGGACCCGACCACUGGCAAGGAGGGCUGGGUGCCGGCCAGCAGCCUGUCCGUCCAGCUGGGCCCGUCCGGCUCGGCCCAGUGCCUGAGCAGCUCAGAGUCGAGCCCGGGGUCGGCCGUGCUGAGCAACUCGUCCAGCUGCAGCGAGGGCGGCCAGGCCCCCUUCUCCGACCUGCAGGGGUAGCGCCGCGCAGCGUGGGCGCAGGAGACCCGCGCGCUGUCUGGGGCUGCCACUGCCAGGGCUGGCGUGGCGCGGGGAGGGCGCAGUGCCCCCGGACGUUCCGAGGAAGGGGCACCUCACUGCCCCGACCCAGAGCGCCUGGCCGUGCGGGCUGCAGAGGACCCCUCCAGGGCAGAGGCUGGUUCCACGGAAGACCCCGGCCCGCUGGGGCUUCCCCGGAGACUCCAGAGCCCACAGAGGACCGGCCGCAGGGAACAGCCCCGGGCAGGAGGCGUCGGGCAGCGGCAUCUCCUGGCUCCACCCUGCUGCUUCUGCCUCCGGACGGCGCUUUCAGGGUGCGGGCAGACCAUGGUGCAGCCGCUUCUGCAGAAGUGGAUGAUUGACCAGUGACCUGAGGAGAGCCGGGCGUGGGGACUCUCUAUCUUUUACAAGUUUUAGGAUUUUUUUUAAGCAGGGAUCAAUCCUGUGGCCAUUUUUUGUGGUACUUUGGCCUCAAUUCUUUACCAGGAAUCACUGUGUUUACAUGAAAUGACAAUUUGAUACUGUAUUUGAUAGAAAACUAUUUUUUGUUACCGGGGUUUACAUAGAAGCACGCUGUUUAUACCAUUAAAUGACUUUGGGGGACUCUCCCGUGGGAACGGCUGCCACUCCCUGAAGCUCCCUGGUCACAGGUGGGUGAAAACGUGUCCCUGGGUGACAUCAGGUGGUGUCUGCACCACCAAAAGCGGUUAGAAGCCAAGGAGAUUCCUUUACCUACCUAGGGUUCAUUUUCAAAAGAAAAUUUAAACUAUAAUUUAAACAAUUAACUUUCUUUUCUACAAAAAAAAAAAAUGCAGGGUCUUGAUUUUUUUAAAGAGCUUCACUGAAUUAGGAUAUUUUUAUUGCUUUUAAAGAAAAUACAAAGAUGCAGUUUCUGCAGGGUGUCGUGGACCACUGCUGCUGACCGUAGCUCAGAGAACCCCGCCCUGCCUCACUGCACGGCAGCCUCCUCGGAGGCCGCACCUCCGCUCCCCUCGCCACACACCCCUGCCUCCCACCCAGGUCCACCUGCCACCUGGUGACCCCCUUGAGUACAGAAGUGUAAGUGGGGAGAGUAUUUUAUUCAAGUCACAGCAGAACUGGAAAGAAAACCUCUCCUGUUUUACCCUUCUUGUGUUUCAGAAACAUAUUCUGUUAUUUUAAAGCCUUUUCGGUGUCUAGUCUGCAGAUGUUGUUGUAUGUGUGCACCUCUGACCAUGUGUGUACGUGUGUGUCUCGCUGGAGAGGACAUAUUCGCUAUCCCCGUGCUGCUGGACGAGCCGCCUCACAGCCUCACGGUUCCCAGCCCCAGCACACUGGAGGCGGGCGAGGCUGCAUUCCCCUCACGCUUCCCUCCGGGCGGCUUGCAGCCGUCACUGGCCAGACCUCCAGGGUGCGGAAUCAAUAGGAAGCGUGCAGAGACUCGGUAGCUUUUCCUCUGAUGUGUAAGUUAUCUGGAACGUGCUGUGUCCUGCGACGUCCCUGAUGGACUGUGCAGGCACAGUGCCUCCGUCUCGUCGCGCAGCUGCGCGCCCUUGUGUGACCCUCCCCAUAAAGGCACUUUACAGCUUCAUGUUUCAUCCACUGUCACUUUUUUUUAAACUGCUGAUGUAAAUGGAAUUUUAAAAGCAGAGUUCUUUAUUGUAUGGAUGAAGUUUGAAUAAAUAUCAGCAACUCCUGCCA